AUGAAAAGAUUUGCAUGAACCUGGCCGGAGAAAAUUGUACAACAUCAGCAAUAACCGAGCGAAUGCAAUGCCGUCAUUUAUUCCAAAAGCAAAAUGUUUCGUUGCUUUAACUUUCCUUAUUUUUAUUGAAUUUUGUGCAGGAUCCGUUGUAACAUUUUUUGAUAAUCCAAAGAACGCUGACACGCUUAUAGAACGAGCAGUACUAUCAGUUAACUCACGGUAUGGACCUUGGACAGAACCUACAGCGAUCCCGUACAGACUAUCGACCUCUUACAAUCAGCAAGAGAUAUCGCAGAUCCAGGCGGCAAUGGCGCAGAUUUCAACCGAUAUGGGCCAGUGUAUACGGUUUGUACCGUAUAAUGAUGCUACUGACCAGACCAAGGAUAGUCUGUUCAUCUCUCCCUCACUGAAUAACGGAUCGCUAACCCAAACAUGCUUUUCGUUUCCUGGACGGCUAAUUAACCAAGCAACAGCGAAUGGUGUUAAAGGUGGACAAAAGCUGGGAAUGGUUAGUGGUACUGAUGGGUGUUUGGGGAGCACACGAGAGGCCAUGAAAUAUUUAGCGCAUUCCCUUGGACUACGAAAUGAGUACUUAAGAACUGACCGCGACACUUACAUUACGGUGUUUCCACAAAACAUCCGGACAGAUCUGCAAGGACUGUCACUGUUGAACAUUUACACGCAGGCUUCGCAAGUCCAGAAUGUUGGCACGUUUGAUUAUAACAGUAUCACAAUGCCUAGCACCACAAAAUAUACAACAUCUGGAAUGCCAUUAUACUCCGUCGCCCAAACCGGCGUGCCCCUGGGCACCGUCGCAUCCAUAGGGACGUUGUCCAGACUGAGCCAAAGUGAUUGCACUGCACUUGCUAGUAUUUAUACCACCUGCAGCGCUGCUUCCUGUGCAAACCCUUACCCCGGAGCAGUGAUUCCCAUCGUCAGUCCUCUCGUGGUAACAACUGCCGCAACACCUUUACAGCCAAUAAAUGUGGGAGAUGUUGUCACUGGUGUUCCAGUAGUAAACACUGUGAAUCCAAAUCUUCCGGUGGCUCCUACUGUUCCCACAGCUCCGCCUACUGUGGCUACUGUGGCUCCAGUUGAUCCUCUUUCUCCGCUGGAGCCUCCCGGCGGCGUUUCAUUUUAAAAAAAUUAGACCUCCUUUACGGGUUUAGCAUAAGAUCAUAAAUAUUUACAUUUUGUUGGCCGCCUUACCUUUACUAAAA